CUGAUGGGUUCUCUGGUUUUAAAUGUUUUUUUUUUUCUUUUGGAUUCAUGAUAUGAUCUUUAACCUUUUAUUUGUAUGUGAACUCAGGAUGUAUUCAAUCAGGGAAUCAUCAAGGCGAUCUAGGAGAACGAAGCAAGAGUACUUGGUAUAUCUUGAACCUCUGCUAAGGUUAACACAAAUAGUUGGUUUGAUGAUUUGAAUCGUAUAUUUUGUUAUGAUGACCUUGUGUUUUCUACAAAGUUGAUUCUUUGAAAGGGGAUAUCUGGAUAUUGUACAAGCAGCUCAUUAUAGACACAACACAACACAACAGUUUCGUAGUGAGCUAGAACAAAUAACAGAGUUCUCAAAUCAAGGUGAAAGUGCAAAGCUGCCAGAGAUUGAGGUUGUGUAUGUGUGUGAUCUGGGAUGGACUCCUUAGACUAAGCAGGCGACUAAAUCACUGAUUCACAGAAAGACGGUACAUAGAGCAGAAACAGAGAUUGGACGUGCGGAAGCUACCUACAUAAGAAAAGAAGUCUCACAGUAACAUGUGUAAGGAGGGUUUGGGCAUGAGAAAAUGAACAGGAGUGAAGAUUCGUAGGGAGAAAUUGGACUGAGUUUUGAAUGGAAUUGGUCCAUGUCUGCAAAAUGUCGAGCUCCCAAAGGUUGUGAAGGGUCUGGGAGAGACCUUGGUUGGAGCAUAUUUUCAGGACGAGCAAUGAGCUUCAUCACCAAAAAUACUUACAUUGAGUCUCCAACAAUGAUCAGCUACCCAAGUAAGAGGAUAGCUCUGUAUUCUAAACCCUCAAUCAUAUUCUGGUCAGACUCAAACGAUGAGGAUCUCGAGGGAAACGCAGGGGCUGGACUUUACGACAGUGUGAUAAUGGAUGAAGCGGAGGAAGUGGUGGUGGAUUACUCAAGGGAGCCACUAAUAGUGGACAAAGACAAAGCCUUUCAAAUGCGCCUGUUCUCAACAAUUGUAGAAGCUGGAAAUGUGAUAGAGACGCUCUAUGGUUCUCCUCAAGACAUGGAAGGUGUUGUCAAAGGUGGCCAUAUUUACAUCGUCCAAGCUAGACCUCAAGUUUAAGCUCUCACUUGCUAUUUCUGCGUCCCAUUCCCUAAGUUUUCAAACAAAUCUUAUAAUUACACUCCUGAUACAAACAUUGACUCAUAAUAAAUCAGUAUGUUGAAAAAUCAC